GUGGGUCAUUGUUUAAUAAAUAAAGUUGACUUAGCUAUUCUAUCAAGAAAAGAAUAAAAUUGAUAUAAAAAGUUAGCGUAAAUUGGCAUUCUGAGAGUCAUCUAAUCCAUCCUUCUUCUGAGUGUCUCACAGCGUCGCACAGAGUGGCAAAGAUGAUUCUAUUUAGCAAUGGGUCAGAAACGGCAAAUUUGGUAGCUAGCUCUGGUCUCCUCCAACAAUCAUGGAAUGCAAAUUCGGACCUUUAUGAAAACAGUGAUCCAAAUGAACGUCUUAGAUUCCAAGUUUACUCACAAGGAAACUACAACAUCUUGGCUUUUGUCACUUCCUCUUGGACACUUCAAGCAGAUCAGGCAGAUUUGGCUUCCUCAUCAACAUUUAAGGAGGAUUUUCCUGUCUUCGAAUUUCUAUGCAGCAAAAAACACCCAACUUUCGCCAUUAACAAAGCUACAAUUUUCCUCUUCGCUUCAUAUCAUGACAAACUUUUACCACUGAAAAAUCAGCUUUGUCAAGUCUCCAAAGAUAAUCCAUUGAUUAUCACCGGACAUUCUCUGGGAGGCUCAAUUGCUUCACUCUUCACCUUAUGGAUGCUGGACAGCAUGGACUUAACAAAAACCAAGCGCCCACUUUGCAUCACUUUUGGUUCACCCCUUCUUGGUGACAGCAGCCUGCAGAAAGCAAUCUUCCAAUACCAAACAUGGAAUUCUUGCUUCCUGCAUGUAGUCACUAGCCUAGAUCCUGUACCUAGAAUCUUCAUGCACCACAUUCCUGUCCAUCAAAAAGGUGUCUACAAACCAUUUGGGACAUUCCUUAUCUGUUCUGAAUCUGGAUCUGCUUGUUUUGAGGACCCUGAUUCCAUUCUGGAAUUGUUGGUUGCAACUGCCUCAUAUGGUGCUCAGAGUCAAAAUCCUUAUGAAUCUGUGCCUUUGGUUGAUUACGGAAGAGUGGUGGAAAAUCUUUUCAAUCGGACGUUUCUCAUGGACACCAUAGAGUUACCUGCUUGGGCUGCGCAACCAUUUGAGGCUGGCAUUAUUAGACAACUCCGAGCAAUUGGAGUGGCUCUAUCACAGCAUCAACAGCAGCAGAAAAUAAACAUAAUAAAUCUGGUAAAUCGGGAAAAGCGUGUGAUUUCAAAGAAGUCAUUCAAUCCCUCUAAGAAGUUGAAUGAUAUGAAAAUAAAUAUGGCCUACUUGGAAUGGUACAAGAAAUGGUCUAAAGAUCAGAAAACUGGUUACUAUGAUGUCUACAAAAAAAAGUUGAAUGAAUGGGACAUUAAGGUUGAAGGGUUCAAGAAAGACCUCACAAAUUACUGGAUAGACAUGGUUAAAGAAGUAGAAAAUAAGCCCCAGAAAGAAGGAGCUGCCUUUCGUACUCGUUGGCUAUUUGGAGGUACAAACUAUAGAAGGAUGGUUGAACCACUUGACAUUGCCGAAUACUACAAAGAAAAGAAACCCAACUAUGAAACUCAAGGUAGAUCUGAUCAUUACAUCAAAUUGGAGGAAUGGCAGAAAGAAGAAAAGAAAUCAGAAAGCAAUCCAAAUAACUUGAAAAAAGAAAAAGUAUCUUCUAUUCUGACAAUAGAUUCGUGUUUCUGGGCAAAAGUUGAGGAAGCGAUCAUUUUAUGCAAUUUACUGAAGACAGAAAAAUUUGGUGCUGAAGAGAAGAUGAAUAAGUUGAAAGAUUUUGAGAACCAUGUCUGGGGUUUGCUGACUAACUAUGAAGUAUCCCCUGAGAUAUUCUUACCUGAGAGCAGCUUUAUGAAGUGGUGGAAAGAUUGGAAACCUUAUACGAGAACUUUGGGAAGCUCAUUUACCUCACCACUCCACGACUUCAUCGAAUCUGGGGCACAUGUAGAAUAUGAUAGGGGUAACUGGUCUCCACCUAUCUAUUAUCAACUACUUUAAGUUCAUAUCAGAGUAAUUUUUAUCUGCCACUAUUUCCUGUCUCGCCUCCUAUUGAGUUUGAGAUUUUUACCCACAUUGAAGCCAUUGUGCCUGCACCUCUGUCUAGUCAUGUAUUUUCACUUUCCAUCUUUGUGGAGGCAAAUAAUAUGAAAAAACUGCUUUUGUUCUCCUCUUUUUAAUAAUGGUCAUGCAGAAAUGGAUGAUUAUGUUUCUUUGUUGAUUUCCUUUUAUCCCUUAAUAAAACGAGAGUUUAUACACAUCA